AUGCUUUCGCUCGUCAAACGCCCUGGAUACUUGAGCUCUUGUGCUCACCGCAACCCCGCGCCGCCAUUUAUGGCACAUUUUAGAAUUGACUCGACGGUAGCGAGUGCAAAACAUCGCAUCUCUUUCAUAGCCAAGGAGAUCAGUCUUUCAACCCAAAUCAAGCUACUGCCACCUGGCAUCUUACCCAUGGACACAACCCAGAAGGAGCCCAUAUGGAUAUCCCACGCACUGGAGCCGGGCACUCUAGCUGCAAUCGGAAUCACAAAUCCCUUGGAAAAUUCAAGUGCUACCGCACGGAACUGA